GGGCGAUAUAAUACAAAUCAAAAUAAUGAGAAUGUGUCGUGUUUAACAGGUUGUAUAUUCAUUUAACAUUUUAUCAAAAACAUUUCAGUUCAUAUCUAUUGGGUCGAAUAAGUGUUCAAUACUUUAAACCGAAUCGGCUGCUUAUUUAUUGUAGUUUUAUUUGUUCGGGUAAUUAUAUGUUGAGGGGAUUUAUCAGAACUGAAAUAGAUAAGGACAACCUUAAAAACGGAGAUAGAUCUAUGUACUCAAAGAAAAUUUAAUAAUAAAACUGUAAAGGACAUAAAUUCAAAAGAAAAUUUCAAUAGUUGAAGAAAUAUUGAAUUGGGGAAAAAAUCAAAGGCUUAAACCGAUUUAGAGUGGAUUUAGGUCGUGAUUUUAGCAGUACGUGCCUUAAGACUUACGCGUUUUAUGUAAUUCAACUUACAAUAGACCGUUUCAUCCAAAUUAAAAAAAAAACUAUCGGAAAAUCAAUGAAAACAAACAUGAAACAAGAUUCGAGAUUUACGCAGUCCGACGGUAUGACAUCAAGUAUAGUGUUCUAUAUUGAGAACCGGAAGUUGUUCGCCUCGAAGGAAGUGCUUGCGCUAUGCUCACCGGUGUUCCGGAACAUGUUCGAGUCGGAUUUCCGGGAGCGUUCGGCAGACUCCAUACCAUUGCCUGGAAAAUGUUACAAGGACUUUGCAGAGUUCCUGCUGUGCUUGUACCCUGAUACACAGAAGCCUCUGACUGAUGAAACAGUGUUUCCAGUGUUUAGUUUAGCGGAUGAAUAUCAAGUGGACAUUUUACAACGGAAGUGUGAGGACUAUUUGUUGUCAAAGUGCAAAGACAAAGACACGCCUCUGACCGCUUUGGUCAAUAUUCUGAUAUGUGCGGAGCAAUAUAAUCUAAAGAAUCUCUUCAACGCAUCGUUUGAUAAGGUUUCAAAAAUACAUCCUGACGAGGUAAAAUCUGUGCCUGAAUAUCACAAACUUCAUGAAGAAACGAGGUCAUCGUUUAAAAAGCUCAGGGAACAAGCUUUAGAUGUGAAAUUGACAGACGGUAACGUACACGACGUUUUACGCAUUGCUGUAGAUUACAGUGAGAUGGAUCUUAUCAUCAGGUGCGAGAGUCACAUGAUUCAGCGAUGUAGGAAAACAGAGAAACCCCUUAUUCAUGGACUUGUAAGCAUGCUAAGUGCCGCGGACAAACAUAAACUAGCUAAAUUAAAAGAGGAAGUGCUCGAAUUAGCGAUAAAAAGGAAAUCUCACGAACUUGAGGCUUCGCCGAUAUUUAAAACGUUAACACCGGAAACGAGAUGUAAGGUCUUGUCAAAGAGGUUGCGGAUUUUUGAGGGAUUAUAUUCAAAAUUAUGCAAGGUGCGGUGCCAUUGUUGCAGAAAACAUGCAGACUACAACUGUAAAAUAUGUUUCAUUUCAACGACAAAAGAGUGUUUUGAUUCUUUAGGGAUGUGCUUUUGAUGAAAGGAUUACACAUUUAAAGAUAUAUCAUGCCCAAAUUUGAGAGUAACUGCACAUUUUCUAUGUAAACAUAAAACAAAAAUGUCUGUUUGUAUAAACUGUACUGUAUGUUAGGUUUGAAAUACUACUGUAUAUCUAUAUACACUAUACUAUCAAUGUAUCAGUAAACACAAUAUUAAUAUGUAAUAUCAUAAAAAAAGCUGGAAAUGUUUUAACAAAUGUGUCACUAGAAAACGUAUAUAUGUAAUUGUUUUUGCAGCUGUACAAACAUGGGUACCAGGUUAUGUAUAUUUGAUGAGGUUUUUUAUAGGUUUAAAUCACUAUCUGAUGAUAUAACAUUCUAGUGAAAGAUGAGCAAAUGACAUCUUUAAAGAGAUGAAAAACGGUGCACAAAAUAAUUGCGGUUGCCGACUUAAAAGAUUCGUUAUGAAACCACCAAUCUUUUGAAAAAAAUUUUGUUUGAUUACAUACAGUCCGUGUCUGAUAACUUCGGAGUGACUAUUUGGACGAGUCCAAGUCAGGAGGGUAAUCGAUAAUUAUCAUUAAUCUAAGUAAAUGCUUUUAUAUUAUACCACUAACUGAAACGCUUUCUUUGAAGUAGAAGAUCAGUACCGGUCGUAGAGCGUUAGCCUUACAUGUUCGAUUCUUUUGUAUUUCCAUUGUCGCGUUGGUUCGAGUCCCACCGUGAUUUAUACUUUUUUAAAUCCUUGCUUUUUAUCUAUGUUUUAAUUUUCAAAGACAAUUGAAAAUAUUCAAAAUAUUCAAAAUGCAGUAAUACAGCACUACGGUAUACAAUAACGAACUGAAAUAUGAAAAAAAAAAAAUGAUUAUGCUUGAAAUAACCUUCAGAAUAUUUUGUAGUAUGCAUUAAGCAUCAUUCUUAUACUGAACAAUGUUUCUCUUUGCAAAAAAUACGUGGACGCCUCGGACAUGUUUACUACACCAAUACUGGCAAUAUACCAGAGAGGAAUUUAACCUGCACGAAACGAGUGUUUUCGUGACUAUGCAUUCAUAAUACGAUUACACAGAUCUGAUGGUUGGUCCCCUUUAAACAGAAAUUAAUUCAAUAAUAUAUACAGGAUAUUACAUGAGUUGAGCCUCGCAUUUUAUAAUUUUAUUCAACUCGUUUAAUAAAUUCAAUAUGGAAAGUCACAAAUCGAGGGCUGAGCGCGAAACUAUUGUAUCUUGUUCUUUACUUAUAUACAGUUACAAUAGUUUCGCGCUCAGCCCACGAAAUGUAAUAUUCUUUUUAUCACAUGUUAACCUUUCUUGUCGAAACAUCAAAAAAAUCGACUUUCUUUUACUAUAUAAACAAAACAAUUUGACCGACGUCGCCUUUACUAUAAAUGACGUCGACGUCAAAGCUAUAUUACACUAGUGUAUUAUCAUUUUUAUUUAAUGGCUUUAUUACACUCCCGCGACGUCAAACAUGUGAUAAUUCUAUCUAAAUAAAUAAAAAUAUAUUUCAGGAGAAAUGAAUGAUUAUUGUGUUACCCUGAAAGAAAAACCAAAAAAAAAAAAAAAAAAAAAUACCCAACAACGUGACUCUCCUCGACUCGAACCUACGGCCCGCAAUAUUCGAUAUUUCAAAGACUAAUGCUUAACCACUGAGCUACCGGGACUGACAGACGUGUUGCAAUAAAAUAUACCCAAUAUUAUUGUUUAUGUAAGCUGCUUUACCUUUUUUGUUAGUUCUAUAAGUCCAGAAAACAUAAACAAACGUGACGUCACUCCGAAGUUAUCAUACACGGACUGUAUUUUGUGAUAUUUUCUUUCUCUGUGUAUUGGUACUUCUGUUGAUAUUAUAUUUUGUAGUUGUCUGUAACUACUAAUAUUUUCAAAAUAUCUCUGUUUUUAAUUCAUUGACAACAGUUCUCUGGAACUUUUCCAAAUGUAUUCUACAAGAUAUUGUACUUAUUAUCUAAAAUCUCGUAUGAAGUUAGAAUAUUGUACACAUCAUAGUUAUAGCUACUUUUUACACUUAAGCCCGCCCGCUUAGUUAAUAGGGAGAGCGCAGAUCUACGGAUCUCGGGGUCGUGAAUUCGAUCCCUGGGCGAGGCGUAUGUUCUCCGUGACGAUUUGAUAAAAAACAUUGUGUCCUCCACCUCUGAUUCAUGUGGAGAAGUUGGCAGUUACUUGCGGAGAACAGGUCUGCCCUGGUACAGAAUCCAGGAACACUGGUUAGGUUAACUGCCCGCCGUUACAUAACUGAUAUACUGUUGAAAAACAAACAAACAAACUUUUUACACUUACAAACUACAGUAUUAACCAAAGUCUCGUAUGAAGUUAAAAUAUUGUACACAUCAUACUUAUAGGUACUUUUACACUUACAAAAAGGUCGAGUGAUUUUACGGUAUUAUUUAACUUAUUCUAUAUACUGCCUCAAUCCAGGCUUAAAGAGUCACAAAAAUACUCAUACAUGUCUUAUGAACAAGCGAAAUUCAUAGGCACAAAAGCAAAAUGACUUCUAAAUCUUAUCAUAUCUUGGGACUAAAUUUAUAUUUGUUUAGAUGUAUGACCAUAUUCAGUGAAAAAUCAAUAUGUAUACCCCUGUAAAUGUAUUAUUAAGGUUUCGACGGAGGCCUUGAGAAACAAAAAUCAAACAACACCAAAUCAUAGAAAGAAAGAGUUGUUCGACAUGAAAACUGAACAGCAUGUAAAACAUGUAUAUUACUUUACGAAACAAGUGUCACUAUACUGAUAUAAACAUUGAAUUCCGGAAAAGGGCUGCCUAAAGGGGCUCCACUUCCGGACAGUUAAACGCCUUUAAAAACUCACCAUUUUCAAAGAACAGUUACACAUGUUCGUUUUGAUGCAUUUGCAAUAGCGUGCGAGUGGUGAAAUUUCGCAUAACAAGGUGGAACACAGUUUUCAGCAAUUGUUUAUCUUUAUUUCUUUACAUAUGGCAUUCAUUUUCAAAGGGAGACAACUGUUCCCGAUUAUUUUAAGUAAUCUUUGAGAAAAAGUUGUCUCCCUUUGAAAAUGAAUGCCAUUUGUAAAGAAAAAAAAAGAUAAACAAUUGCUGAAAACUAUGUUCCACCUUGUUACGUGAAAUUUCACCACUCGCACUCUAUUGCAAAUUCAUCAAAACAAGCAUGUGUAACAGUUCUUUGAAAAUGGUGAGUUUUUAAAGGCAUUUAACUGUCCGGAAGUGGAGCCCCUUUAGGCAGCCUUUUUCCGGAAUUCAAUGUUUAUAUCAGUAUACUGACACUUGUUUCGUAAAGUAAUAUACAUGUUUUACAUGCUGUUCAAUUUUCAUGUCAAACAACUCUUUCUUUCUAUGAUUUGGUGUUGUUUGAUUUUUGUUUCUCAAGGCCUCCAUCGAAACUUUAACAAUAUAGAUGUAUGAAAUUUGAUAAAUAUAACAUCGGAUAUCGCCAAAAUAUUAGGGAUGGGGUUGUAGUGGGGGAGGGGGACUAUCAAUUUAAUUUUUCAGUCAUCAGAUGGGUGUAUUAUAUUUCAGUCAUGUGGCUGGUACUUUUUUGUUAGUUCACCGCGGCAUGUUACAGCAGACAACCAUAUCUUUAUGUCUUUGAUAUUUUCUACGCAAUGAAUGAAUGUCCCAACAUACGCAGUAAUAACAUAAUAGGUUUUGCAUUUAAGGAAUUUACAUAUUUUUCAAGAGACCACUGACAUUUUGCACGAAUUGUUCAUGCAUCAUGUAACUGUAUUUUCUCUCCUCAUCAUAGAAUAAUACUAUGAUGUUCAGCUUGUGACAGAGUUGAGUUGAGUAGCUGAUGUUGAAAGCCGAGGCACUGUAUUACCAGUUUAAGACUAUUUUUUUCUUCCUUUCUAGAGACUUAUAAAACAUUUAUAUUUCUUUGGAUUACAAGUUGACAUGUUUAUCACUAAAUUAUUUUGUAAUUUAUCAUGGAGUAAAAUGUCUCUCACAAGA